AUGGCUACCACAAAACUCAUUCUCAACGAAAAAAUCAAGGGUCUCGGCGCUGAAGCUGACGUCGUCACCGUCAAGGCUGGCUACGCACGUAACUUCCUCAUCCCUUCCGGUAAAGCGCUCGAAGCGACCUCGGCGAAUCUUCUCUAUAUUGAUUCCUUGAAGGCCGCUCGCGUCCGCCGCGAAGCUGAGGAAUUGACUGAAGCACAGUCCCUCGCUGGAAAAAUUGCCAAGCUCAAGCCUUCCUUCACCCUCGAGGUCGGAGAAAAUGGAAAAGCCUUCGGCUCCGUCACCACCAUCGACAUCCAUAACUUUCUCACCGAAAAAGGCUACGAGCUCGACCGCACCGCCAUUCAGCUCAAAAAGCCUCUCAAAAGCACCGGAAAAUCUGACAUCGAAAUCAAACUCCACAACGACGUCACCACUUCGCUCACGGUAAAAGUCGAGGCGAAUACCCCGGCGGCAGAAGCAGCUGAAUAA